AUCUCAACCUACUCCCCCAAUACGACAAAAUGAUAUCCAAAAACAGCCACCGUCCUGUUUUGUCUCAUUGCAGGAUUCCUCUCUUUUAAAAUUCCCCGCCGUGCCUCCGACCGCCGGAAUCACUCGGUUUCAGUACCGCCGUCUUUGGCACGCCACCUCGGGGACGGUUCUUUUAUCCCAAAACCAGGACAAUGCUCCGGCCGCGGGACGGAAACCCAAUCUCUGCCUAUCUCCGCCUCGAUUUCUUCGUCUGAAUUCCACCUCUACCAAACCCUUGCCUCAGCCUUUCCCCUUUGGGGACCCACCUAAUCCUCCCUUUUCCGGGCUCCAAUUUUACCCAACUUUGUCCAUCUUUCGCCUGCGGCUUUCUUUGUCCGGCUUCUCCCUCUGCCGCGCCUUGGAUCUGCGUCGUAAUGCUGUGAAUUGGCUGUUGCGAUCGGAAAGUUUGGGUUCUGAAGGGGAUUCGUGGUGCGGAAUGGGGGUUGGAGGCGAUUUUGAUUUCGGGAGCUGGAGGUGAGGGUAGAGGUCGAUGGGUUGUGGAGGUGCUGGAUCAGGGGUCGGGAGAGUUAGCGAAUUGCCUCUAUAAGAGUCUUCUCACCAUGUACCAUGCAAAGAAAUUUUCAACUAUUUCCAUGCUUCCGCAUAAGGCCCAAGGCACUGAGCAACUUGCUAAUGCUGGAGUUAUGGGUGGAUCGAAUGUAAGCAAUCCAAUUAAUUCUGGGGGCAGUGGGAAACAACGAUUAAGAUGGACUUCAGAUCUUCAUGACCGUUUUGUUGAUGCAAUCACACAACUCGGUGGACCAGAUAGUGGGAGCAACACCUAAAGGGGUUCUACGAGUAAUGGGUGUACCUGGAAUUACAAUAUAUCAUGUAAAAAGCCACUUGCAGAAGUACCGCCUUGCAAAAUAUCUACCAGAAUCUCCAGCUGAUGGUUCAAAAGAUGAAAAGAAGGACUCUGGUGAUUCCCUCUCUAGCAUGGAUUCCGCAUCAGGAAUACAGAUCAAUGAAGCUUUGAAGAUACAAAUGGAGGUUCAGAAGCGGCUCCACGAACAACUUGAGGUCCAAAGACAGUUGCAGCUGAGAAUUGAAGCUCAGGGGAAAUACCUGCAGAAAAUAAUCGAGGAGCAGCAGAAGCUAGGUGGUGCCCUUAAAGUCACAGAGGAAAGUCAGAAAUCCUCUGAAUCUCCGUCGGCUUCACAGGACUGCCUUGGUGGCCCUUCUCCGCUCAAGAAACCAAGAAUUGCUGAUCAGUCACCGGAUGCAACCCAUGAAACACCUCUACCAGAGUCCAAGCCUGACUUCAUCGGUCAGUGGAAUCAAGAAUUCUAUGAAAGCAGUGUUACUCAUUUUGCAUUUGAUUCACGGUCAGAAUUCAAAGAGGAUGGAAAUAAUUGUGGGCAGCCGGAGAAGCAUUUUGUGGGGGCUAAUGCUGACAGAAGUUGAAAUGGAGGUCCAAAGCAAAGAUGCCCUAUCGGUCGCAGGACCUGCCCCCAUUAUAUUGCUUCAUCGACAUUGGAAUGUGUAAUCUUUUGUGAUCACUCCGAGCAGGUGGAUGUGCCAUUCAUGCAUGCUUUGUACAAUUCAUGCAUUCUUAGUCAUUUGUAAUUAUAUCAACUAUCUAGUACAAGUACCAUUUCCCUGAAGAUUUUUUUCUUUUCUCAAUACUAAUAUGGUAGCCGUAUUUGUAGUGGAAGCUAAAACUAGAAGGCAGUUUAUGCACUCCACUGUGAAAUGUGAAGUCUGUUGCUUCUUUCUGAUGGAACUCGCAGAGACAACAUGUUUUGUGUAUCA